UCCAGGACCUUCUCCUCCCUCCCGGCUCUACGCCCAUCCACCUCCCAGCCCGCUUCUGCCUUUGGCAGCAGGCGACCAACGGUCCUCUCGUCCCUCCUCCAGGGAGCCUUCACACCCGCCGCACCUACAGCGACGACGACGACGACGAUAGCGGCAGACGUCGUGCCGACGUCGGCGAUCACGACACACCCGGCCCUCCUGCAGACCCAGAUCCGGUGCGGACCGCGGCGGUACAUGAACAUGAACCGGCCGUCGCGGCUCAUCAGGCAGCGGCGGCACGGGUUCCUGAGCCGCGUGCGGACCAAGAAUGGGCGGAAGAUGCUGCAGAGGAGGUUGAGCAAGCGGAGGAAGAUGUUGAGCGCCUAA